AUGAUGCCAUCUAAGCGAUCAAACGCCCGUCUCAUUAGAUUUGGGAUAUUUGCCCUUAUUUUAAUUGCUUGUGGAUAUAUUCUUACUCGUGGAUCUUCAUUUGAACCCCCUCCAGCCCCACCAGCAUCACCAAAGAAAGAUACAGCAGUAGGAGGUAUAGUAUCACCAGGCAAGGUUGCUAUUUCUGGUGAUAGUAGUGAUCCAAGUGUCCAAAAAUAUAGAGGUCCAACUCCUAAGAUUCUUAAUCAAGAUGGUCAAAAAAUUCCAGUUCCACAAAUUGAUAUUGAAAAUUAUAGUCUUGAUCAAAAAAUUAAAGCUACUUUUGUUACUUUGGCUCGUAAUUCCGAUUUAUAUCAAUUGGUUGAUUCUAUUAGACAAAUUGAAGAUAGAUUUAAUCAUAAAUUUCAUUAUGAUUGGGUUUUUCUUAAUGAGGAAGAAUUUAGUGAUGAAUUUAAAGAAGUUACUAGUGCUGCAGUUUCUGGUAAGACUAAAUAUGGAUUCAUUCCAAAAGCUCAUUGGUCAUAUCCUGAUUGGAUUGAUCAAGAAAAGGCUGCUUUAGUACGUGAAGAUAUGAGAGAAAGAAAGAUUAUUUAUGGUCAUUCUGAAUCUUAUAGACAUAUGUGUAGAUUUGAAUCAGGAUUCUUUUGGAGACAAGAAAUAUUACAAGAAUAUGAAUAUUAUUGGAGAGUUGAACCUGAUAUUAAGAUUUAUUGUGAUAUUGAUUAUGAUAUUUUUAAAUGGAUGAAGGAUAAUAAAAAAGAAUAUGCUUUUACAAUUACAUUACCUGAAUAUAAAGAAACUAUUCCAACAUUAUGGAAUACCGUUAAAGAGUUUAUUGAUAAAAAUCCUCAAUAUUUAGCUGAAAAUAAUUUAUUAGAAUGGAUUUCUAAUGAUAAAGGUAAAACUUAUAAUGGAUGUCAUUUUUGGUCAAAUUUUGAAAUUGCUUCACUUGAUUUUUGGAGAUCAGAAGCUUAUACUAAAUAUUUUGAACAUUUAGAUAAAGCAGGUGGAUUUUUCUAUGAAAGAUGGGGUGAUGCACCAGUUCAUUCAAUUGCUGCUGCAUUAUUCUUACCUAGAGAAAAGCUUCAUUUCUUUGAAGAUGUUGGAUAUUAUCAUGUUCCAUUCCAUAAUUGUCCAGUUGAUAAGGAUAUUAGAUUUGCUCGUAAUUGUAAUUGUAAUCCUGAUCAAGAUUUUAGUUGGAGAGGUUAUUCAUGUACAGGGAAAUAUCAUAAGCUUAACAAUUUCCAAAGACAAAAAGGUUGGGAAAAAUACAGUGGUUAA